AUCCAAGCUCCUAACAGCCUCAACAUGAACAUCGGUGCUAUGUAAUGGGCGCACAACUGCCUACUCACCGGUUGGCUAGAUUAGGCGGACAUAACGGUCCAGUCCAUGCCUUAACCUACAGCGCUGGCACCGCGACCUACCUGCUCACGGGAUCCACCGAUAGGAUCAUUCGCUUAUUCAACCCAUCGACAGGCCGCCUUAUUCAGAAAUAUGAGACCCACGGAUACGAGGUUCUUGACAUAGCUGUCUCAGCGGACAAUGCCAGGCUCGUCAGUGGCGGUGGAGAUAAGACGGUGUUCCUGUGGGAUGUCGCGACGGCUCAAACAACGAGGAGGUUUAUGGGUCAUGUUGGGCGUGUAGAAAGCGUAGCAUUUGGAGGGGACGAUGCGAGUGUCGUUGCUAGUGCAAGUUAUGACUCCACGGUCAAACUAUGGGAUACGAAGAGUCAGGCACACAAACCUAUCAUGACGCUCGAUGAGGCACGUGAUAGUGUUUCAAGCGUUAAAGUGAGAGGUGCGGAGAUUAUGACUGGCUCUGUAGACGGAUCAACUCGAACAUACGACAUUCGAAUGGGUAGCAUAUACCAGGACGCCAUGGGCUCAAUAACGUCCGUCACUCCAACGAAGGAUUGUGCGUCACUCCUCGUGAGUACUCUCGAUUCGACAAUUCGACUUAUGGACAAAGCCAACGGGAAGCUUCUCCAGAGCUUCAAGGCUCCAGAGUAUAGAAAUCAGACAUAUCGUCUCCGUUCGACUCUGGGGUUCAAUGACAGUGUAGUUCUGAGUGGCUCCGAGGAUGGAAAUAUUGAUGCCUGGGACUUCCUGACUGGAAAAUUAUUGCACGCGUUAAAGCAUACUGACCAGUCUGGAGGCAACAUGCCAACAAGCGAGAAGGCAAAGAAGAAGGACGUAAUCAGUGCUGUCACAGUAUGCAAUGCCAGAAGAGAGUGGGCCAGUGCUGGUGGCGACGGUGAGAUCGCAUGCGAAAUCUAACUUACAAAUUUGCUGAAAUUGAUCAGGUACAGUCGUCGUAUGGAGCGAAAGUCCAGCCAACUGAGCACAGCCAUGAGGAUGGAGUUCAAUCUAUCGCCUGUCACUGAAAUACUGGUCUUCCUCAAGCUGACAUCCGCCGUCAUCUCACGCACGUCUUACCGACUAUUCGACUCUCCGGAGUGAGCAUCGGUCAAUCUAGACAACAGGUACAUCUCUCUUACCACAGAAUGUAUCUAUCCGCACACCGAUGGCCCAAUGAUACGUCGCUAAAGUCACCGAAGUCUCACGAUAUACCCAAAUCACUAACCUGAUCUCAAGACCAGCAACCAAUAAUCCCAGUGUCUAGCUAGACCACGAGCGUUCGUUGAGAGCAGCGGUGUGAGAACCAGCCUCUACGUUGCUCUGCCACGUGUGUAUACACAGUAG